GUAUUAACCAUGGGUCCUUAUACUUGUAAAGAGUGUUCAUCUUUGCAGACAAUGGAACAGAGUCACACUACAGUAAUAUCAAAUUCUUUAUCCAAUGGCAUGUCAAUGCAUAAGAACCAUUUUAAUGGUAAAAUCCCACCUAUGCCAUGGUUUGGUAUGGAUAUAGGUGGAACAUUAUCGAAACUCGUAUUUUUUGAACCAAAAGACUCGAUUACAGCACAAACUGAAGAUGAAACCCAACUCUUGUUUAAUGUUACCAAAUAUUUGACGAAGAAUUCGGCUUACGGAAAAUCUGGACAUAGAGAUGCACACCAACAGAUGGACAAUGUAAAAAUUUGCAACAGGAUAGGUACAUUGCAUUUUAUCAGAUUCCCAACUAGUGAAAUGAACAAUUUUUUGGAACUGUCCAAGAAGAAAGGUAUGGCAGCUAGCGUAUCUACAGUUUGCGCUACUGGUGGUGGAGCAUUCAAAUUUGAAGACAUGUUUAAAAAUGAAUUAAAUUUAAAGUUGUGUAAAUGUGAUGAACUGGAUAGCUUGAUUCGUGGCUUAUUAUUUACAGUAGCUUCAAACAAUAAUGAAUGUUAUUUUUGGUCACAAUGUACUGAAGACGAGCAGUGUUCAACACAAGAAUACACAUUCCAGUAUAAUAAAUAUCCAUUUAUUGUUGUGAAUAUAGGUUCUGGUGUAAGUGUAUUGGCAGUUUAUGGUCCAAAUAAUUAUAAGAGAAUAUCUGGAACGAGUAUAGGAGGUGGUACAUUUUUGGGAUUAUGUAGUUUAUUGACUGGAUGUAAUACAUUUGAUGAGGCAAUUGAAUUGGCCGCAAAUGGUGAUAAUGUUAAAGUUGAUAAAUUGGUUCGAGAUAUCUAUGGAGGUAGUUAUAGUAGAUUUGGGCUGCCUGGAGAACUAGUCGCUAGCAGUUUUGGCCAUAUGAACUCUAAGGAGAAACGUGCCCAGGUUUCUAGGGAAGAUUUGGCUAGAGCGACCUUAGUUACAAUUACAAACAACAUUGCAUCGAUUGCAAGAAUGUGUGCUUUAAAUGAAAGAAUUGAUAGAGUGUGUUUUGUUGGUAAUUUCCUGCGUGUAAAUCCAAUAUCAAUGAAAUUAUUGUCACAUGCCAUGGAUUAUUGGUCAAAUGGUUCACAGAAAGCUAUUUUUUUAAAUCACGAGGGUUACUUUGGUGCAAUUGGAUGUUUGUUGUCAUUUGACGAGAGAUUUAAAGAGUAACAAAAUAUUGUUCAAUACAUUCCACGUUGCCAAUCCAUUUUGAUUUAAGCAAGUUGUGUGUACUGUAUAGUACAUUAUGAAUAUAUAUUGUCAUAAUUAUUCAUAUUGUACUGACCCGGAUAGAAAUUAUUAAUUAAUAUUAAUUUAUUUUAUUUUUAAGACAGCACAUUGCACAUUGGUAAUUUAUUUUGGUGAUGUGUUUAUUUUUUAAUUUAUAAGAUAGAAUAGUAGUCCCAUUGGUAUGAUAAGUUACCUGUCCUAUAAAUUUUAUUAUUUAUCCUCCAAAAAUUGUGUUGAAAUUCAUUGUUCUAUUAUUGUUUCUGUCUUUAUAUAUAUUUUAUUUUAUUUUGUAUAUUCUGGCAACAAAAAAUUAUGUACAAAUUUCAUAUUAUAAUACAACACAAAAAUGUGAUAAAAUACAUUUUUUUCAUAUUACUUUUAUUUAUAAUAUUUUUAAUCAGAUUAAAAUUUUGUAUUCAAUUUUUACAAAUUUAGAUGUUAUUAAAUUAUACAAUUGUAUUAUCAUAAUAAUUAUUGUUGUAAUAAAUGAAAUUGAUUAUA